UCUGGUAGCGUCUUUCGAAUGAGAGACUAAUGUCGAAUAUGAAACUAACUUCACCUUGUUGUUACAAUAAGGAUCGAGUUACCAACAUCAGAUUUGAUUUGUUUGUUGUUGAAUCAUUAAUUGGAUGUCUUUAUGCUACUGCCAAUUUGAGAUACCGGCACAAGCACCACGGUAUUAACCGUGUCCAAGGAACUUAAGAAAGAAUACAUCUUGAGAAACUAAUUUGGUAUCAGUGGUUGUUGGAGCAAUUUUUUUUAAAUGUGUCUCAACAAAACUUUUUCCAAUAUUAGCCUUAGCCUACCAACCUUAUUUGUGUGUCAGAAUGGUGUGUGAUGAGAUGUGUGUGUAGUACUGGUUUAUUUAAACCACAAGAGGGCACAGCCGUUUAAAGAAAAGGCAUUACUACAUGGGACGUCAUAGCUAUGCUAGAGCGCGCGCUGAACGAGCUGACAGAAGAAUAGGAGCAAGUUCCCAGCAGCAGUCAGCACAGUAGGCUUGAAGUGAACCCGGCGAAAUACUCCGUGGACAGGUAUCCGGUGUUAGGCAGUUUCCAGGGAAUAGGCCUACGUCGUAUCUGAUGUCACCUCGAAGUGUAAGAACAGGUGCGCUGAACUAAGUUCUAAUGGCCAAGCAGUGCAGUUCGGGUGGCUCAAGAAUCGGUAGUGGAUUUACGCAACAGUUUGAACCACUUUGAAGACGAAUAGCGAAAUAUUACAUAUUGCGCGUUGCUUAAAUUGGUCAGUUUAUAUGUUGGUUUCUGCCGUUACCUGAUACUACUACUCCAAAUCCGUGACUUUCAACCGACUGAAUUUAGAUUUAGACUGUGCGAAGACUAACUGUAGCUUGGAUCGGGCGAGUUCUAUAGUCGGCUAUAGUAAAUAGACUACUGCAGAGGACAUGCUGGUCUGAAAACAUUAGUAGGCUACUGUGUGGAACGGGCUGUUGAAGGAUUCUAUUAACACUAGCAACCCCACGAUACCAUUUCUCCUUCUCCGACAACACAGACGCAGAAGGUCUUGCAUAGCUGACAGGUUGAUAAUUCAAUCAAAAGGCAAAAACAACUGAUCAAUUUGAAGGGACGAUAGACUGCUAUGGAAUAUAACACAAGUAGUAGGUUGCCUCAUCUCAGCUUCAGCAUAUUUGUACAGUUUCUAUCUGCAUGACUGUGUGAAGCUUGUCUUGUUAUAUCAACAAACCCCAGGACUUCUCUUAAGGCUUGCAAGAGACAUUCAUCAUGUCCAAAACGUUGAAAAAGAAAAAGCACUGGUCCGGCAAAGUACAAGAGUGUGACGUUUCGUGGGGAAAUGCCGGUGAGUUUGGCACCGUUGUGGAAGUAGGGGGUGGUGCCGAACUCGGAGAAUUCCCGUACCUGGGCCAGGUGAUUGCGGAUGCGAUGGUUUGUCACGCAGGAAGAUUUCCUUGCACCGGGGACGUGCUCCUCGAGGUGAACGGCACCCCAGUCAGCGGGCUGACCAACAGAGACACCCUCGCUGUCAUCCGCCACUUCAGAGAGCCCAUUCGCCUAAAGACUGUGAAACCAGGCAAAGUUCUGAAUACGGACCUGCGCCACUACCUCAGCUUGCAGUUCCAGAAGGGUUCCCUGGACCACAAGCUGCAGCAGGUGAUCAGAGACAACCUGUACCUGCGCACCAUCCCCUGUACCACCAGACAGCCCAGGGAGGGGGAGGUUCCUGGAGUGGACUACAACUUCAUCACUGUGGAGGAGUUCCGUGUCCUGGAGGAGAGUGGCAUUCUGCUGGAGAGUGGCACCUAUGACGGUAACUACUAUGGAACCCCCAAGCCCCCGGCGGAGCCCAGCCCUGUGCAGCCAGAUCUGGUGGACCAGGUUCUGUUCGACGACGAGUUUGACACGGAGGUUCAGCGUAAACGCACCACGUCCGUCAGUAAGAUGGACCGGACGGACAGCGCUGCCGCUCCCGAGGAAGAGGAAGACGAGGAGCGGCCCUCCCUGGUCAACGGCCUCACUGAACUCAAGGACAAGGCGGAGUGGAGGAAGGCAGUCCCCAGCUACAACCAGUCCAGCAGUGCCAUGGACUUCCGCUCCUGGAACAGCCUGCCCAGGGAUGAGGGCCAGGAGCCCCUGCCCAAGAGCUGGGAGAUGGCCUACACAGAGACGGGCAUGGUCUACUUCAUAGAUCACAACACCAAGACCACCACCUGGCUUGAUCCCCGCCUGGCCAAGAAGGCCAAGCCCCCAGAGAAGUGUGAGGACGGAGAGCUGCCCUACGGCUGGGAGAAGAUCGAGGACCCACAGUACGGAACCUACUAUGUGGACCACAUCAACCAGAAGACCCAGUUUGAGAACCCAGUCCUGGAGGCCAAGAGGAAGAUGAGCCAAGACACUACCACCCCAGGCCAGCAGGGGACCCCCACCCCCUCAGAGGAGUCAGGAGGGGGGGUGCGCGGCUUCACCAGGGACCCGGCCCAGCUGCAGGGCUCAAUGCUGAGGGCGGCCCUGAGGAAGAGCCCCCAGGGGUUUGGCUUCACCAUCAUCGGAGGAGACCGCCCGGACGAGUUCCUGCAGGUGAAGAACGUCCUGCGGGACGGCCCGGCCGCACACGACAACAAGAUGGCUUCCGGUGACGUGAUUGUGGACAUCAACGGCAUGUGUGUGCUGGGAAAGACCCAUGCAGACGUGGUGCAGAUGUUCCAGUCCAUCCCCAUCAACCAGUAUGUGGACAUGGUCCUGUGCCGGGGCUACCCCCUACCGGAGGACACCAGCGGGAGCGAGGAAGGACAAGGGGAGGCCAUCAGCCCGCCUCUGGAGCCCUCCCCCUCCGCCUCCACCCCCCACGACCUCCACUACACCAGCCCAGAUGGCACCCUGCCCAGACAGACCGCCACAGUCCCACCCAUGACCAACGGGGGGCGCCAGCACCAACACCAGCAGCCGGAGGGCCCGGACCCCACCCUGCUGCAGCCAGAGCUGGUGGGCGUGCCCCUGGUCAAGGGUCCAGGAGGAUUUGGCUUUGCCAUCGCCGACUGCCCCCUGGGCCAGAAGGUCAAGAUGAUCCUGGACGCCCAGUGGUGCCGGGGCCUGCUGAAGGGAGACGUCAUCAAGGAGAUCAACCGUCAGAACGUGCAGACGUUGAGCCACGCCCAGGUGGUGGACAUCCUGAAGGACCUGCCGGUGGGCAGCGAGGUCAACGUGCUGGUGCUGCGAGGAGGUCAGACAUCUCCUGUGAAGUCUCUAAAACCUUGCACGGCUCCCAUGUCCCAUUCCCAGCCCCAGCCCCAGCCUCAGCCCAGACAGGAGUUGACCACCAGUACAGAGACCCUGAGCCCCUCAGAGCCCCAGCCCCUGCCUUUCCCUUCCAGCACCCUGCGCUCCGUCUCCCCCAAGCCAGACCCCUCGGAGCUCUACCUCAAGUCCAAAGCCAUGCUGGACAGCAAGCCCCCCAACACCAAAGACCUGGAUGUGUUCAUCAAGAGGAACCAGGAGUCUGGAUUUGGCUUCCGUGUUCUCGGAGGAGAAGGUCCUGAUCAGCCUGUGUACAUUGGCGCCAUCGUGCCUCUGGGCGCAGCGGAGAAGGACGGCCGCUUGCGUGCGGGCGACGAGCUGCUGUGCAUCGAUGGCGUGCCUGUGAAGGGCAAGUCCCACAAGCAGGUCCUGGAGCUGAUGACCAACGCCGCCCGCAACGGCCAGGUCAUGCUCACAGUCCGCAGGAAGCUCACACACCCUGGUGGGUCCUCUGACUGUUCUCACGAGGGGGGUGGAGAGGAGGAGGGCGCCCAACCCCAGAAGGCAGCGCCAACCCUGGUCAACAGCUCUCCCAAGAUUCCCCGCCUCGAGGGCUCCAGCGCCCCCCAGCAGGAGUGCUACGAUGUCACCCUGCAGCGCAAGGACAACGAGGGCUUCGGCUUUGUCAUCCUCACCUCCAAAAACAAGCCCCCGCCUGGAGUCAUUCCUCAUAAGAUUGGCCGCAUCAUCGAGGGCAGCCCCACCGAGCGCAGCGGCCGGCUGAACGUGGGCGACCGCAUCUCCGCCGUCAACGGGCGCUCCAUCAUGGAGCUGUCCCACAACGACAUAGUCCAGCUCAUCAAGGAGGCCGGCAACACCGUCACCCUCACCGUGGUCCCCGAGGACGAGAACAGUGGGCCUCCAUCUGGAACGAGCUCAGCCAAACAGAGCCCCUCCACACAGCACAGAGCUGUGGGCCAGCAGCCUGCCAACCACUCUGACAGGAACGGCAACUCUGAGGAGAAGAAGAACGGGGUUGGCUGGCCUGAGUACAGGUCCCUCCCACACGGAGAGAUGGGAACACUGAUAACCUCAGGCCCCAAGCAGGGCUGUUUCGUGGUGGAGCUGGAGCGUGGGUCUCGAGGCUUCGGCUUCAGCCUGCGGGGAGGGAAGGAGUACAACAUGGGCCUGUUCAUCCUCCGCCUGGCCGAGGAGGGCCCCGCCUUCAAGGACGGCAGAAUCCAGGUGGGAGACCAGAUCGUGGAGAUCAACAGCGAGCCCACCCAGGGCAUCACACACACACGGGCCAUCGAACUCAUCCAAGCUGGCGGCACCAAAGUGCUGCUGCUCCUCAAACCGGGCCAGGGCUUAGUCCCCGACCACAGUAUGAAGGAGAAAGCUAACAUUUCACCCUCAAGCGUUCCAAGACUGCCUGCCUUGGACGAGCAGUCCUCCCCAGCCUCUCCCUCCUCUGUGUCCUUCUCCACCUCCCAGCCGUCCCCCUCCUCCACCAAUACAACCGCCCCCGAGGACCCCGCUAACCUGGACACAGCUGCAGCCUCCAGAGAGCCCCCCAGGGAGUACGCUGGCCAGCCCAUCAGGCCUGCAGGCCAGCAACCCCACAGCCACCACAAGAGACCCACCAGCCCCAACACCCCAGACAGAAAAGCCCACCCCAAGAGGAGUGAGUUGGUGUCCCACAGCGAGCAGCCAGCCAGCCCCCAGAGAGGCUCAGAGACCCUUAGAGCAGAGAGAAAGGAGCGCUCCCAGAGCCCAAGGAAGACUGACAGGGUCCAGUCUGGGGCUGCUGAGCCUAAGAGGGGCUCCCUGGAGGAUGGAAGCAGCCAGAGGAGAGAGCCUCGGGGCUCCAGUCCCAGAAAGAGCUCCAGGAAGGAGCAGGAGGCAGCCUCUGCUGCUGCUGUGUCCAGACAGCCCUCCAAGGGCCAGGAGGGGUCCCCCAGGCGCCCUGCGGGCCAGCAGGCCAGCCCUGCUCAGCUCCCCUCGGAGGUCAGAGACAGGAGGCGCAAGGAGGAGGACCCCGCAACUGCACGCACGCAGGAGAGAGAGACAGGCGACAGCAUGCCCAGAGGAACCAAUGGGGAACGCAGGAAGGACAAGGGGGCUGAACGAGAGGCGGGGCCGGACAGAUCCCAGUCUCAGACCCACAGGGAGAGGGCGGGGCCUGACGCAGAUGGAAGCACCCUCAACCGGAAGGCUGGAAGGGAGAAGGAGCGAGAAAGAGAGAGAGGGAGGGAAGUAAAGGAGGGUAAACCCAGGGCGGCAGUGGAGGAGAGUAAGAGGGACACCAGGAUCUCUAGCAGUAGCAGCCAGGAGCCCCCCUACGAUGGAGGAACCACGAGCAAGAAGGCUCCCAUCACCCCUGGGCCCUGGAAGGUCCCCAGCUCAGCCAAGAUGCAGUCCCAAGGAGACUUGACGAGGGAGGGGAACUGACGCCCCCACAGACUGAAGACUUCCAAGCUUCUGUUUGUGUGCAGCAUACGCAGCGGUUAGAAUGGACCAAUGUCUUCUCGGUUGAAGAUAUUUGCAUCACUGUGUUAUCAUCACAUUGCCUGUCAUUGCAUAUCUGUGCUUUUUUCACAGUCUGCCUCUCCUGCUUAUACCUGAGUGGUGUGUCUGUGCCGAGGCGGAGCUUAUGUCACAGGCAGGAUGUGACACAGAGACCCCUCCUCUUGCCUGUGCCAAGACUCCUGUAGGGCGGGGCUAGUUCUAGUAUCAGAGGCUUUGUGAGACUCUUUUCAAUUUGAUGAAAGGAAAUACUUUCCCCUGCCGACUGAUGAACGAUGUUGUUUUCUGUCACUAUGAAGGUUUUAAAGAUUUCUGUCCAGGUAAUCACUCACGAAUCGCCCUCCUUUCAGGGAGGUGAUUGGCUGCUCUGUAUUUGAUUGAUGUAGAAGGAGGUGAGAUUGUGGUUGUUUCCUCUUGAAUCGGUGGAGGACGGUGGCGGUUUUCUCUUCAAUCAUGUUCCAUCCAUAACUAGGAACCCUGUCUAGAGAUUGGAACAGAAAGUGCACAUACACAUGUAGACUCUUGAACCCUGGUGUUGUCAGCUUAGUGGUGGGUUUAUAGAUCAUUUUGAAGCUUUAUAUGCAUCUUAUCAGAAGACCAGACACUUGUGGUUUAGGUAUAUUGUUUACUACGUGUGUGUUUAUAAUGAAGCAUACUGUAAUUUAUUAAGAAUGAUAUGAAAAAAGAAUAUAUCCUGUAAGUACACAUAUCCAUAUAGCCAUUUCACCUUUUGAUGUUGUACCCUGAUUACAGAAAUAGAGCAAGUAGAGGAAACAUCACCACUAAAGAUAUUUUAACAUUGAUAGAGAUCUUUGAGAAAUUAACAUUAGUCACAACAUCUGUCUUCUUGUGCACAUGACAGUUUUUUGUUGUGGUGCUAUAUUGGAUGUAUUUAUACAUUCUAUUUAUAUUCACCCUCAGUCAGUUCAUUUAGUCCCCACAAGCGUAUUCUGUUAGUGUUAUUGUAAUGUUUAUAAUUAACAGCUAGCUUUGGACCUAACAACAAGUUAGGACCUAACUAACAAGUUUGGACCUAACUAACAACAACCUCUGUAUUUAGACAUUGCUGUAGUUUCACUGAACUUUCUAAGAUAUGUGUAUUAUUUAGCUAGCUACCCCCUGAUGUACAUGCACAGGUAGCUGUACAAAUGUAGACAUUUAUACGUUGGUUAAAAAUGAGUCCUUAAGCUACAACAUUGACAAAACAAACCUUUAAGUCUUCAUUUAAUUUUUCAUCCUCCCAAGAUCUGUACAAAUAGUUUUCAACAUAUGUUAUUUGUGGGUUGUAGCCUAGUGGUUUGUAAACCUCUUUCACUGCAUAUAGGUGAACAUCUGCACCCUCUUCUGGGGAAAAUGUGUACAACUCACAUUCCAACAUCUAGAUGUAUGGUUUACCCUGCCAUUACACAUUUAUUUCUUUGAAUUUGCUCCACAUUAUUUUUAAGUACCCAAGGUCAAUUACCCCAAAUGUACAGAAUCCUGGUAGUAACAACAUGGCAGCAUUGGCAUCAUUGUUCUCCUAUAAGUAGCUCAUAGUGCAGUAGUGUUACCUUCACAUGUGAGAUUCCCCUAAACAUAAUCCAUGUCAACUGGUUUGAAAUGUGGUGUACAAAAUGUGAAUUCAAUUGUUAAUCUCAUCUCAUUAUAGACUUAUAUAUUAUACAAAAUGUCUCUUGAAUUUUAGAGAAUAUAUCCUUUUUUUUGUUAGUUUUUUCAGAUACCAUGUUCUGUGUGUUGUGUAUGAUACUGUGGCCUUGCAUUGCUUUCACAGAAAAACAGCCUUUUGGUCUCGACAUUAUGUGGUAGAUGUAAAUGUUCAUAAAUUGUACAGCACAUGUAUAAAUACUUGCCUUCAUUGCGAAAAAGAAUCUGUAAAUCGCUCCAUUAUUUUUUUAAGUAAUUGAGAAGAAAAUGAUAUAUAAUUAUGAAAGGAAAUAUUCUGGUCAUGGCAUUCUGUUCAUGCACUGAUAAAUAAAGUUUUACUGAAUAAAC